CCAGUCCUCGCCGAGAUUUCGAUCGAGCGCUUGCGCCACUUUGCAAAAAUCCUUCGUUUCAGCCGGGUCGCACCACCUGCUUUUAAUUUCUCCGUUAAAUUUCGGAAAUCUCUGCAUUUACGCCAGAAAACUUGCCGAAAAUAGUCACCUUUAUCUCUCUAAACACUCACGAUCUUAAUUACUACAAAAAUGACCGAAGAAAAAUCAACUGCAGUCUUCGACAAAUGCAACGUCAUAGUGGUGGAUAUCUUGGGCACAACCACUUCCAUCAAUUUCGCAAAGGAGACCCUAUUUCCCUUUGUCAACAAAAACGUGGAGGAAAUCUUGAAAGAAAAAUGGGACGACGAGUCUGUCAAGAAGGCCGUGAAACAGUUGAAGGAGGGAGAAGAAGAACUGAACCUGGAAGGAGCUGUCAAACUUGUCAAAGAACUGACGGACAGUGGCAGUGAAAACCCUGGGUUGAAGACUAUCCAGGGAUUGGUUUACAGCAAAGGAUACGAAAAUGGCGAACUUAAAGCUCAUGUGUUCUCCGACGUUGCCGUUGCCUUCGAACAGUGGGCGAAAACGCGCAAGGUUGCCAUAUAUUCCACCGGCUCGGUCGAGUCGCAGAAGCAGCUGUUCGCGCGCUCGGUAGAGGGCGACCUAAGCUCGCACAUAUCAAACUAUUUCGACCAAUCGGUGGGCCCCAAGACCGAGACCGACAGCUACAAGAAGAUCGCCGAAGAGCUGUCAAGCAAACCGGAAGAACUCCUGUUUUUGACAGAUAAUAUUGAAGAGGGCAAAGCCGCCAAAAAAGCAGGCUUUUCCGUUAGCCUGGUGUCCAGAGAAGGCAACGCCGAACUCCCUGAAGAAUCCAGUUCUUUCACAGUGGUAUCCAGUUUCAAGGAAAUCCUUUUGGAGAAUCCGGCCAAGCGCAAGAACACAGAGGAACAGCCCGCAGAGGAAAGGCCUAAGAAAUUAGCUAAGACUGAUAAAGAAGACGAAACAAACGUUAUUGAAGCAGAAAAAGAAGAAGUAAAAAAAGAUGAGACUAAAGAAGAAGCUAAGGUACAGGAUGAAGCUAUGGAAGUUGAUGGUGUUAAAGAAGAUACAAAAACAGAAGAAGCAGAGAAGACUGACGCAACCGUAGAAAAGACUGAUGAAGCCGACUCUAAACCCACCGAAACCUCUACCGACGUGGAAAUGACCAACGGCGAGGCAGAAACAAAGACUGAAGCGGAAAACCCAGAACAACCCGCGCAGACUGAAGAAAAAGACCAAAAAACCCCAGCUGAAGAGCCAGAAAAAAUCGAAGAAAAAUCUAAAGAAGAGGAAAAAGUCGAAGAAAAAGCAACUCCAGAAACCACAGAAAAGCCAGUAGAUGAAGAGAAAGAGACAGUUGACAGCACGACCGAAGAGCCCAAACCCGAAACGACUGAAGAACCCAAAAAGGAGGAAACCGCAAAGGAAGAAACCGAAGAAAAUAAAGAAGCCCAACCAGUAACUGAGGAAAAAUCAGAGUCCAACGAUGCAGUUCCCGAAAAAAACGAGAAAACAGAAGAACCCAAGGAAAAACCAGUUGAAAACGGCGAAGAACAGCCCGAUUCCGCUGCGGAAAGCAGUAAAAACGUUGAAGAAAAGUCCGAAGAUAAAGUUGAUGAGGUUUCUAAGACAGAGAACAACGUUUCUUCGUCCGAACCUGAUGAAGCACCCAAAGAAGAAGAAUCUAAGGUGGAUUCGGAAGAGAAGGAGAACAAGAAAGAUCUUGCGAAUGGGUUAGAGAAUGGUACGGCAGAAAGUGAGGUUACGACUAACGGGGAAGCUUCUCCCGAAAAAAAGGUAAACGGUGACAGCAAGGACACGAACGGCAAAGAGGCGGACAGUGCCGUGGAAAAAACGGAAGAAAUCGUAGUGAAAAAAGUGGAAAGCACCGAGGCUUCUACAGAGAGUCCGCCAGUGAGCGUGGAAGUUUAGGUCUAUCCAAUAUAAAUAUAUAUUUUUUCAAUUUUUCCCCAACACGAAAAUAAAAAACAGGAUUUAUUUAUGUUCGUAUGUUGUGGUAUCUUAUAUAAUAUCGGCAGGGGAGAUCUGUUGGAUUUUUAUCAAUUGUCCCUGGAUUUCUGAGGUUAGGAUGUUCCAUUAUUUUUUCCAGUGGAAGACAUUUAAAUUUGAGACAUAGAAAAAUAUUAUAACAGUGUAAUGAACAACUUAAAAGACUGAAAAUUGUGUGUUAGAAGUUAAAAAAUCUUAAUACAUUUAUUUAAAAUUAUUUAACUGUAUCUAACAACUUUUUUUGUUGAUAAGAUCUUUUUCUUUUAUUAAACAAUAUUUAAUAAAGUUUUUUUAUGUCUCAAUUUUAGAUGUCUUCUUAUUUUUUUUCUAAUUUAUUUUAAUAUUUAUUAGUUUUUUAAUUCUCCCAUACAGGGGGAUUAAUAACUUGUUUAAAU